AUGCUGUCAAGAAAGUGCCUGGCUUUCUCAGAUGCUUCUCAGAUACUAUCCUCCACCAUAUCUGAAGAGCCCACUGGGAAGGUCAAUCUGAAGUUCUGGCAGGAAGGUGGUCCCAUCAAAUGCGUCCUGCAGAGCCUGAAGAAGGUGUUUUUCAACGAAUUCCAAGGGUCGAAAAGCGAGGUUGCUUUCCUCAAGUUCAUCGCGGAGAGAGGGCGGGUGCUAGAGCGGAUGGCUGUUGUGGUGGACCGUGAAUGUUUCUCUUUGGGGGGUAAUGUGAAUGCCAAACUGAAGCCUCUGAUCAGUGCAAAAUGGAACAACAAAGCUUGCAAACUAGAGCUCUUCAAGAGCCCACACGAUGACGUGGGAGGUCCAGCUUACUCCAUCGAGAAAGCUUGUGAUUUCGACUUUGCUGACCCUUUCGACCUCAACUACCACUACAAACCAGAAAGGAUGUCUCAUGUUAAACACCGGAGGUCAUACCGUGGAGAGGCGAACCCUAGAUCCCAAAUCCGCGCCGCGCCCACCCCUCGCGCCGCAACAAACCCUAGGUCCCAAAUCCGAUCCGCGCCCACGCCUCGCGCCGCCUGGCUGGCAUGGCCUCCUCCGCCGGCGAUUCCGCCGGCGACGCUGCCCCCGUUCCGCGGUACCCUUCUUGGGUUCUCCUCGAAAAGAAGGGGUACGACGACGACCACCAGCGCCGCGUGCAAGACGACCGCCGGCCGCGACGUCAAGGUGGGCUUCAACCUCGUGCCCCCGCCGGGAGUCUCCUACUUCCACGUCCACCUCUCCGAGCUCGAUGGCGAGGGCGACUUCGACUUCAUGCCCCUGUUUCUCUUCUCCGCCAAGGGCCUCGUCCUCUUCCGUUUCCUCUUCAUCACCCGGAGCGACGGGAGCAAUCUCGUCGAGUACCUCAUCUACAAGGCGGGGCCCGGCGGCAGCCCGUCGCUCGAACCCAUCUCGCCAACUCCUCUAGGCAGCAGCAGGGAUUCGGUUCCCUGCCCCGACGGCGACGACGGCGAGGACAGCUACGUCCUCGCCGAUCUCUCUGCGGGGAGUGAAAUUGGGCACUACGACCUCCACAUUUACUCGUCCAAGACGCGCGAGUGGAACACCACACCGUUGCAGCUGCCGGCGUCUCCUGCCGUCAGGACAAAUGCCGACCUGCCCUGUCAAUUCCACAAGGCUAUCGGGCUUGCAGCAGAUGAGGUAGGCUGGGUAGACCUCUGGCGUGGCAUUGUCACCUGCAAGGUGCUUGAUAAAGACCCAGUUCUCCGACUCAUCCCUCUUCCCAAACCGCACGUGGACAUCCUGCAAGGCGAACCGGGGCUGAUCCGGGAUGUCACCUACUGCAAUGGGCUCUUCGAGUUCAUUGAGAUGCAACAUUUUUGCAGACCAGUUAAAGUUGUUAGCGGUAUCAUCCAUGAUUCCAGGCCCCUCCGUGGUCUUGUAGUGGAUGAAGGUAUUGCGGUCCCUGAUGGUUGGGUCAUCCGGACAUGCUAUAGGAUUGAUCCAUCAGACUUUUGGUUCAGGGCACACACUGUUCAUGUUGAUGACUUCACAGUGGAUUCUAUAUCGUUCCCUCGUAUGUGCGAUGCUCGUGCUCAGGACAAGGAAUUGACAUUUAGGAGCCUGACAACACUUUGCCCGACCUUUGGCGUUCCAGGUGACAGACUUGUCUACCUGCUAUCCGAGGUGAAAAUGGAUGAUCACAACACAUGGAUUGUUGGUGUUGACCUUGCCAAGAAGAUGGUGAAACCAAUUCAACCUUGUGAGGACUUGGAAUAUCACUGUAUCCGGCCAGCCUUUGUUCCCUCUACAUUCUCCUAUUAUCUGAAUACAACUCCAGGUGAUUUUUCACCCACAUUGAUAAACCACUCAGAGAAGACUGCCAACAAUGCAAAAGUCGAUGGCGAUUCCUGUGUACGUGAAUUAAAUAUACAUCAUGACCAAUGGUCAUGGGUUGGGGACGACACAUCUGCACCAAUCGGAGCUUGGAAAAAUGGGGAGAACAAUCUGCCAUCGAAUCAUGAAUCUGCUGAUGUACAACGGACCAGGUUACUACAGCAAUUGGAUUCCAUUUUGAUGUCAGCAGGAUCAGGGUAUAUUCGGAUGAAACGAAAACUGAAAACUGAUGCUGAUGGCAAUUUAUUGCUCUGUUUGUCCCUGGAAGACCUCUUGGCACUGCUUCCACAACUAGGACCUGAGAUUGCAUCCUUGACAACAAUGCUGCCUUGUAUGGAUGCUGGAGGACCAUAUCCCCUGCUGUCUUGGCAUGAUUGCUGCUGCUGCUGGUAACUGUUUUCAAAUCCAAAUCAGGCCUACAUGGUAAACGACAGUCCUGCCAAUGGUUUACCAGACGAUGACAAUUCAGAUGACAUAAAAGCUAGUUUUUUCUUGUUGAAUCGUCCAAGAGUAACUAAACAAGUAUCAAUGUAUUAUAAAGUUGGGUUUCUGAAUAAUCUGUACUAAAUUAUCAUGACCCUUGCUUUCAUGAAAACUAGUGCCUAAUGGUGUAUCUGCAGUGGGUUUAUUUCUCAGUGACCUACUACAGCGGCAUGUGCAAUAAGUAAGCAUGAAGGCGUACAUAAUUUUUUCACAGUGAAUGCCACAAUAAAAAAAGGCCUCCUUUUAUUCGGAAAUUGACAAGGGCUCCUAGGUGCAUAUGCACCUAUUGUCUAAAUACACAUUUUAAAAAGUUGAAAA